AUGGAGUCUGAAAAGGAGCAACCCUCGGUUAGACGUGGAAGGCUCUCUCAGACAGAUCUUCGGUACUGCAUCUAUUUGAUGGAGAAAUAUGGCGAAGAUUAUGAGGCCAUGGCGAAAGACCUGAAGAACGUGUUCCAAGAUUCCCCUGGUCAGAUUAAACAGAAAAUUGAGCGUUUCAAGAAAAUUCCCGUUCAGUAUAACGCGUAUCUUCGCUCAAGAGGUCUCUACAAAGAGGGAGCGCCGGAAGCGAUGGAAACAGAAUGA